UGACACAAUUUUGUUAGGCAAACUUAUUUAAAACCCCCGAUAACUUUAAGUCGCAGCAUGUUGCCAAGCUCAGCAUGUGGCAAUCGCUGUCUAAAAAAACUUUUGUCUGCUAGUCUUCGGCUAUAAAAGCUCAGCCCACAGUUUACGCCCAGUGCACAUCGAAUAUGUUUUGGUUUUUGUUGCUGUUGUUGCUACAGGCGCUGCUGUGCCCCUGUGUCCUGGGACGCUUUUGCCUUAUACCGGAGCCUGUCAAGCGGACACGUUCGCUGUUCGAUGGCAUGUGGAGUAAGCAGCCCCGCUUGGAUGGCAGAAUUGUGGGUGGGCAGCGCAUAAAUAUUACAGAUGCUCCCCAUCAGAUCUCGCUGCAGACUUCCAGUCAUAUAUGUGGCGGCUCGCUCAUAUCGGAGAAGUGGAUACUUACAGCAGCCCAUUGUACAUAUGGCAAGACCGCGGAUCGGAUGCGUGUGCGGCUGGGCAGCUCGGAGACCUCACGGUUGGGGCAGCUGCUGCGCGUGUCGAAGAUUGUGCAGCACGAGAACUUCAACUACACCAAUGUGGAUUAUGAUUUCUCGCUGCUGCAGCUGCAGAAGCCCAUAGAGUUCGAUGCUACGAAGCGGGCUGUCAAGUUGCCCACAAGCGGCGAAACGUUUGAGGAUGGUGAGCCGUGUUUUGUCAGCGGUUGGGGCAAUACACAAAGUCUGCUGGAGUCGCGUGACUGGCUGCGGCAGGUGCAGGUGCCGUUGGUAAAUCAACAGUUAUGCGGUGAGAAGUAUAAACAGUAUGGCGGUGUAACGGAGCGCAUGAUCUGUGCGGGUUAUCUGGAGGAGGGCGGCAAGGAUGCCUGCCAGGGCGAUUCCGGUGGUCCCAUGGUUAAUGAAGCGGGUGUCCUGGUGGGCGUCGUCUCUUGGGGCUAUGGCUGUGCCAAGCCCCAAUAUCCCGGCGUGUAUGCUCGAGUCGCUCAAGCGCGUGAUUGGAUUAAGCAGCACACUGACAUUUAAUACAGCUGCUUGGCUUGUUUCCUUUGCAUGUCCUUAUUUAUUUUGCUACACGCGUUGACAGCACGCCGGGCAUGCAAAAACACGCGGCAUUCUCUCUCUGCUCACAUUCGCUCUCACAUGUCCUUUGCGGCUGCUUAAGCAUGCGAUUUAAUAUUGUUUUGCUUUAAC